UCUGCGGCGGCCUGGAAAACCGGCGUGGACGCGAGGCGCCGCUCUCUCUCGGGUCAGGUUCCUGGCUCUCAGCUCCCGGCUCCCGGCUCCCGGCUCCCGGCUCCCGACUCCCGGCGCCGAGCUGCUGCCCAAAGGACGCUCAGCGGAGGCGGGUGGGCGUGAGGACGCGGGAGGCAGUGUCGUCUGAUCCACCCGCAGUCCGCCGCCCGGCUGAGCCCGCAGGCCGCCCGGAUGGAGCCGUCUCUCCCGGUCGGAGCCCAGCCCUUUGCUGGCAUGGAGAUGAAGGGUCCUCUUCGGGAGCCUUGCGCCCUGACCCUAGCCCAGAGGAAUGGGCAAUAUGAGUUAAUAAUCCAGUUGUAUGAGAAGGAACAGCAUGUUCAAGAUAUCAUUCCUAUAAAUAGCCACUUCAGAUGUGUUCAAGAAGCAGAAGAAACUCUUCUGAUUGACAUAGCUUCAAACAGUGGCUGCAAAAUUCGAGUUCAGGGGGACUGGACCAGAGAACGCCUCUUUGAAAUCCCUGAUGAGGAACACUGUUUGAAGUUCCUCUCAGAGGUCCUUGCUGCUCAAGAAGCUCAGUCACAACUUCUUGUUCCAGAGCAAAAGGACUCAUCCAGCUGGUACCAGAAAUUAGACACUAAGGAGAAACCUUCUGUUUUUUCAGGUCUUCUUGGGUUUGAAGACAAUUUUUCAUCUAUGAAUUUGGACAAGAAAAUAAAUUCACAAAAUCAGCCUAUAGGGAGUCAUCGGGAACCCCCACCCCCACCCCCUUUAGUGAAUAGGGUGCUUCCACGUGAAAAAGAAGCUUCUAACAAGGAACAACCCAAAGUGACCAAUACCAUGCGGAAGCUCUUUGUACCACAUACCCAGUCUGGGCAGCGAGAGGGUCUCAUCAAACAUAUUCUGGCAAAGCGAGAGAAAGAAUAUGUCAACAUUCAGACUUUCAGAUUUUUUAUUGGAACUUGGAACGUGAAUGGCCAAUCUCCAGAUAGCGGGUUAGAACCUUGGCUGAACUGUGAUCCGAAUCCUCCAGAUAUCUACUGCAUUGGAUUCCAAGAGCUAGACUUGAGCACAGAAGCCUUUUUCUACUUUGAAUCUAUGAAGGAACAAGAGUGGUCCAUGGCUGUGGAGAGAGGCUUGCAUUCCAAAGCCAAGUAUAAGAAAGUUCAACUAGUCCGUCUUGUUGGGAUGAUGCUCCUUAUAUUUGCCAGAAAGGAUCAGUAUCGAUAUAUUCGUGAUGUUGCUACAGAGACAGUUGGAACUGGAGUCAUGGGGAAAAUGGGAAACAAAGGUGGGGUAGCUGUGAGGUUUGUAUUUCACAAUACUACCUUUUGCAUUGUCAAUUCCCACCUGGCUGCCCAUGUGGAGGACUUUGAGAGAAGGAAUCAAGAUUAUAAGGACAUCUGUGCGAGAAUGAGUUUUGUGGUCCCAAAUCAGACCCUCCCACAACUGAACAUCAUGAAGCAUGACGUUGUCAUUUGGUUGGGAGAUUUGAAUUACAGACUUUGCAUGCCUGAUGCCAGUGAGGUGAAAAGUCUUAUUAGUAAAAAUGACCUUCAGAAGCUCUUGAAAUUUGACCAGCUAAAUAUUCAGCGCACACAGAAAAAAGCUUUUGUCGACUUCAAUGAAGGAGAAAUCAAGUUUAUCCCCACUUAUAAGUAUGACUCUAAAACAGACCGGUGGGAUUCCAGUGGAAAAUGUCGAGUUCCAGCCUGGUGUGACCGAAUUCUUUGGAGAGGAACAAAUGUUAAUCAACUUAACUAUCGGAGUCACAUGGAAUUGAAAACCAGUGAUCACAAGCCUGUUAGCGCCCUCUUCCAUAUUGGGGUGAAGGUUGUAGAUGAACGAAGAUAUCGGAAAGUCUUUGAAGAUAGCGUACGCAUCAUGGACAGAAUGGAGAAUGACUUUCUUCCUUCUUUAGAACUCAGUAGGAGGGAGUUUGUGUUUGAGAAUGUGAAGUUUCGGCAACUACAAAAGGAGAAGUUCCAGAUCACCAACAAUGGACAGGUUCCCUGCCAUUUUUCUUUCAUCCCUAAGCUUAAUGACAGCCAAUACUGCAAGCCAUGGCUUCGGGCUGAACCUUUUGAGGGCUACUUGGAGCCAAAUGAGACAGUGGACAUUUCUCUUGAUGUAUAUGUCAGCAAAGACUCUGUGACCAUCCUGAACUCUGGAGAAGAUAACAUUGAAGAUAUUCUUGUCCUUCACCUGGAUCGAGGCAAAGAUUACUUCUUGACCAUCAGUGGAAAUUACCUCCCAAGUUGUUUUGGCACAUCCUUGGAGGCUUUGUGCCGAAUGAAAAGACCAAUCCGAGAAGUUCCAGUUACCAAACUCAUAGACUUGGACGAAGACAGCUUCCUAGAAAAGGAGAAAUCUCUUCUGCAGAUGGUUCCCUUGGAUGAAGGUGCCAGUGAGAGACCUCUUCAGGUCCCCAAGGAGAUCUGGCUUCUAGUAGAUCACUUAUUCAGAUAUGCCUGUAAUCAGGAGGACCUAUUCCAAACCCCUGGAAUGCAGGAAGAGUUACAGCAGAUCAUUGACUGUCUGGAUACUAGCAUUCCUGAGACAAUCCCUGGCAGUAAUCACUCUGUAGCUGAAGCACUCCUCAUUUUCCUGGAAGCCCUACCAGAGCCAGUCAUCUGUUAUGAGCUAUAUCAGCGAUGUCUUGAUUCUGCUCAUGAUCCCCGGGUCUGCCGACAGGUGAUUUCCCAGCUUCCAAGAUGCCAUAGAAAUGUUUUUCGUUACUUGAUGGCAUUUCUUCGCGAACUCUUAAAAUUCUCUGAAUACAACAACGUCAGUGCCAACAUGAUUGCUACUCUCUUCACUAGUCUUCUCCUAAGGCCUCCACCCAACCUUUUGGCAAGACAAACUCCAAGUGAUCGCCAGCGUGCUAUUCAGUUUCUUCUGGGCUUUCUGCUUGGGAGCGAUGAAGACUAAGGCUUUUCCUCUUACUACUCUCCGAGAUUCUAGAGGUGGAACAUCUUGGGCUCCAAGUAUUUCAGAAUGGUUUUAAAAAAGUCAUACCACAGGAAGGGUCUAUUGCAGAAUUUCAAGUUCUGUUUAUAGUGUAAAAGGAAAAGAGUUUCCUAAUCCAUCUUUUACCGUAUCCUUCACACAAAAUACUUUUAGACUUACGUUGCCAAGCCAAAGUUACCGUAUUUUGGUGUUUUUGUGUUUUCUCUUUAUAAGGCAAAGAGAUAUGUAUCUACACUCCUUUACCUAGGGAUGUGUUUUUUACCCCCCUAUCCAAUUGUCGUAUUUGUCCUCGGUACCCUAGGCCUAGAUUCUGAGAUGUUUCCAUUCUAGGCCUAUAAGCACUACUUGCCGUAGCUCAGACUUGUCUGUAGUCCUUCAUAUAAAGCACUUUUGACUCAACUUCCUCCCCGUCUCACUCCUUUGCACUCCACUUCCCUCCCCUCGUUCUAUAACUUUGAAUGAAGUCUGAGUGAGGCUAGUGACUCCUUGGGUGUCCUCAGCAAUGAGUUCACCGUGUACAUGUGGUUGUUACAUGCGUUUGUGCAUUUCUACUACAAUGGCAUCUUUAUGUCUCUGUAACAUUGGCCUUUUUAUGGAUCCACAUUGAGUGGAACCAUAUUCUUUUAUCUCAGAUCACAUUUAGUAGCAUAAAUUACUACUAGUAGGGACUAUUAGAAAUGACAUCCCAUUGGUGCCAGAGAAUCACAAUCAGAAUGGGAAGCACUUUGAGUAUUUGAAGAGUGAGAGUAUUCAUGUUUGACAGGUUUUACUUCCCACUAUUGCUUUCUUGUCAUUCAAAUUUUAUAUAAGGACUAAUCCUGGGUGUCAGUGGAAUCCAUAUCCUACUUAGAAAUCCACCUCCAAGGCCAGGUGCAGUAGGUAGCUCACACCUUUAAUCUCAGCACUCUGGGAGGCCAAGGCAGGAGGAUUUCUUGAGCUCAGGAGUUCAAGACCAGCAAGAUGAGACCCCAUCUUAAGAAAAUAGCUGAGCGUUGUGGCAGGCACCUGUAAUCCCAGCUAUUUGGGAGACUGAGGCAGGAGGAUUGCUUGAGCCCAAGAGUUGGAGGUUGCUGUGAGCUAUGAUGUGACAGCACUCUACCUAAGGUGACAAAGUAAGACUGUCUCAAAAAAAAAAAAAAAAAAAAAGAAAGAAAUCCACCUCUAGAGCAACACUUGCACCACAAUAAAAAAGGGGGUCUGUUUACCUCAGGUAGGCCUAUGUAGAGCUAUCACUUCUUCUCACAGCAAGGGUAGUAAGUAUGACUCUUAGAACCCAUGCGCUGGUAUUCUGAGGUACCAAGGAACAGAUGUCACCUCCUCCCUCAGCAGGACUGACUCUGGCCUCACCAUCAUUUCCUGCAAGAAAAAGGUUUUAGAGACUCCCCUUGGCUCUCAGUCACCAUGUCCAGUGCUGUUCAUAAGACUGAUCAGUGUGAUCAACCAUGUACCUUACCUCACCCACUUAAGUUGACCCUCUGGGCUUUUCAUAUCUUCAAGCUCUAUGGGACAGCCUUUUUUAAAAUAAACUGAUGUUGAUUGACAACAAGCCACCAGCCACUGAUUGCAAAACUGCCUGAUGCAAUUGGCUUCCUCCUGGUUUUCUUCAGUUACAACCUCCCUGAAAUGACCCAUUCUUGUCUGGUAGCAUGCAAGGACCAUAACAUACAGGAUUCUUGAGCAUUUACUCCAUGACUCUUCUAGUGCAUCCAGGCCACCACCACCAAAUGACUGUCCAAUCCUCCAUCUCUUAAAAGUUGAGUUCUUUAGCAAAAAAAAAAAAAAAAAAGGUACGUAUCCUGCAAUAUGCUGGCUAAACCCUUUCCUGAUUUAGAGUUAUGGAAAUAGGAGUCACUACUGAUGCCAAAUAUCUGAAGAUAUGAUAGGUCAGGGGCUGAAUGUUGAACUUAAGAAUGGCAGACUGAGACCAAAACAGUUUUGUCGUCUCCAUUAGGCCAGAAAGUAAUCACAACAAGAGGCAGAUGAUAGACACUGGGAGAAGGUCAUAACACAGGGAAGUACCUUUCCUGGGCCCAUUUUCUAGUAUACUGCUGAACCGGGACCUUUAGGUGAUCAAGAGUAUGGUUAGUUGGGCCUCUAUACAGUAUGUGUGCAGCAUCCUAGCUCUUUCUCCAUCAUGUCAAAGCAAGAAGUUGGUUUAUACUGCCUCAAUCUUUUCAGCUCAUCAUGGUAUGUAUACAGGGUUGAGAGUUUUAGACAAUCUCUAGAUAGGGGAGAUAAAACAUAGAUUGGAUGUAUGAAAUCUGUUUCCCAUGGUAGCCUAUUCCAGCACCCCAACUUCUAAUUUCUAAGUCCUCUAAGGUACUAUUUUAUAGCUCCUCUGAAGUAAGGAUUUCAGAUCCAACUGGUAAGGAAGGACUGUGCAUCUGUUGGUCUAGGGAUGAAAUGGUUCAAAUCCAUUUGGUGACAUUGAAUUAGUCUCCCUUUUACUGUUUUCUGAUUCUUAUUCUGCAAUCAUUUGUUAUUAUUUCCCCCAAAUGUCUUGAUCACUAAGCAAAGCUGCUAGUGGGAUUCUGUAUUUCAUGUCAUCUUUUUUAUUAUAAUUUAUUGCAAUUUUUUCUGAAUAAAUAUAUGUUGUGUGAAAAA